AUGAGCCAGGAGGCGAUGGACGCAGCUGUCCGCAGCGCUGUAGAAGCUAGCAGCAGUCGCGUCACGCUGGAAGAGCUUCUUAGCAAUGUGGCUGCGUCGUAUCGACAGGAAACUCGCCGGUUAUACCACAUGCUUAACAAGGUAGAACAUGAUCUUGACGAAGCUGGCAAGAUCAAUGUACCGCUCACGGACGAUACGUCGUCGGUCGAAACAAACAAGGAGCGAGAUAGCGCAACCGCUCUUGCUCAGCGUGUGGAUACAGUCUCAAAAUCGUUGCGCGCACGCGCUCAGCACUGGAUAGAAGCGGCCAACAUGCCCCCAAAGGAUGCCCUAGGCCCCCAAAAGCAUGCAAAUCCUCCACCGCACCCCAGCCAACAAUACGGUGCACCUGCACCUGCUCGAAGCAGCAAUCACACAGCGUUGCGGAUCCCUCCAAGCCCUACAUUGCUUACCAUACCACCCGAGGGCGAGCUGCCAGAUAUCGACACGCCGCUGCCGCCGACGCUAAAAGAGCUCGCGCCGAAUCCCUUGUCUGCGACCUAUGCUUCUUCUCUGCGCCCUCUGAUGCCCGAUCCGAUGCGCCGUGUCACGGGCAUUGGCGUGGGAGGCGGCGCAAUCCACCACCGCAGCGCACGAAAGAGCACAGCGCGUGCAUUGACCCCCGCACGAGGCGCCGCGCGCGGUGCGUCGACAGCGCCUAGCCCGGUCGACCUGUGGCAGUGGAGUAUCCGAGCGCGGGCGAGUCCUACGGCAGGGCUAGUGCGCAAAGCGAACAAGUGUUUGUUGACGCGCGACUGGAAAGUCGCGUUUACGGAGCAAAAGUUUGUCAAGUCCAUGAUGCGCAUCGAGCAACUGAAAUCCCAAGGCCUCUGGAGUUUCCGCCAGCCCAAGCGCACAAAAGGGCCCGUGGAGCGCAAGACGCAUUGGGAUUACAUGCUAGAAGAAAUGCGCUGGCUUCAGACGGAUUACCGCGAAGAGCGCAAGUGGAAAAUUGCGGUUGCGUAUGAAUUGGCGCACCAAGUCGUGCUCUGGCACCGAGCGCCGACCUUUGCGGCGCGUGAGGCAUUGCGUGCACAUUACCUGCGCCCAAAGAAGGAGGAUACCGUUGUGGAAACGAGCCCCGAGCACAUGUCCGAGUCUCCAUCGCUGGAAACGGCCCUCGACGCGGAAAAGACUGUGGCGGAAGUGGACUCGGGCGAGGAGAAGAGUGUUUCGCCUAAGCCUAUGGGCGACGAAGAGGGCGAUGCUGACGCUGACGGCGAUAUUGAGCCCGUUCCAGCCGAAAAGGUGCCGACAUUGGCCGCGACUGAUACCAUGCUGAGCACCGAGAAUGUUAGUCUUCGUCCAGACGCGGACAAAGAAGUGAUGCUGAGCGAUAAAUUGCCCCUCGCGCUUCUCACGGCGAUUCGCGCGCCCAUAUUUAGCAUGGCCAUGACGACGACGAGCGUCUCGCCGUGGGCCCUUUUGGACAACAUGGACCCAUCCACCACUGCGGCGCUGCUGCAAGUCGGCAUAGCCGACACACCAGAAGUGAUGCAGAUCCUUAACCCGGACCAGCUCGACCUUGCGAAACUCUUCCCCGAGCUUCCGCAAUAUGCGCCUCCCACCCAAGAGGACGCGCACAAAGGCGUGGGCGAUAAACGGCGCGUCGAAGGCGCAGCGUCGCAUCCUUCACGCCUCAUGCAUGUAUCGCGCCUUCUGGACGCCAAGCCCGCCUUGGUGAGCACACUGGACCCUGCGAGCAACCGCGCAAAUGGGCAAUGGACGGGCAGUUUAGACCAGGCGCUCGAUAUGAGCGAGACAAACGCAAGCCCGUGGGCUGCACAGUCAGGCUCGCUCCUCUUUGCACGCAAGGCUGGAAAAGCGAGCCGCGGCUAUACACACUUUUUUUCUGCCGUGCCCUCUACGCCUGCAUUGCCCGAAACGCGCGCGGCGCAACUUUCGUGGAGCAGCGAAGACGACAUGUUUUUAGCGGCACUUGCGAAACAGUACCCGGAUAACUGGUCGCUGGUAGCCGACAUUUUCAACACGGCGCGCCUAGUCAUGUCCUCCGAGCGGCGUACCGCUUGGGACUGCUACGACCGCCUGAAGUGGCUCCAGUCGGAAUCCGAGCCGGUGAAAACAGAGGAGGAGAAGCUCAAGCGCCCAGCGCCAAAGCCCGAAGGCGCGCGAAAAAAGCAGCACCGCAGCCACCUGCUCGAAGUGAUGCGCAAGAAUGCAAAGCGCCGCGAGCAGGCGCAGCGCCAGUCGGCGGCGGCGGCGGCGCAAGCAAACGCCAACGGCGUCAAACGCAACAAUGCCGGCUCGCCGGACGCACAUAUUCAGAUCAAAUCGAUCCCGACGCCGACGCCGCAGGCGCUGAGUGUACUCAAGGCCGAGCGCGACCAAGCAGCGAUUCGCCAAUUCUUUGAGCAGCAACGCGCUGCACAGAUGGCCUACCAACAGCAGCAACAGCAGCGCUUGCAGCUCGCACAGGCACAGGCCAAGGCACAGGUGCAAACGCAGCCCCAGUUGCAGUCGUCCGGCGCCGAACAAGACUCGCCGGGGCCCGGUGCAAAGCCAGAGCCUGUGCCGAACCCGCCGCCGACGCAGAGCGGACAAGCGACGCCGAUCCAAGUCGCACAGACGCCGCAGUCGCAAGCGCAAGCGCCCAACGCAACCGGCUCGCCGAACCCAAACUUGUUGCGUGUGGGGCAGGCAAAUGCGCCUUUCCUUACUGCCCAGGGCCAGAAACAGCCGCUGCUGUUUUCGCAAAGCAACGUGCCGUUCAUUGCACGCAACGGCUCGCAGCCGUUCUUCACCAUCGACCCACACGCGCAGCAUACCAAUUUUGCGAACCCCAGCCAUGCGCCUGUACAGCAGCACUCUAGCGGACUCGAUAAAAAACCGGCAGCUCAAGGAGCAAGUGCCACGGCGCGCCCGCCGAUAGUCAUUGCUGCGAGCCCUCCGCAGGCGCAGCAGCAGAUCCGGAUGGGCCAAACAUCAGGCACUGGGCAGGCUAUGCGCGCGCUCCAUUUCCAGCCCGGCGAUGACGCUAACACGCGAGGGCUUACCGGCACGCCAAAUAUGGCGUUCCCUGCAAUGCCUGCCCUCGGCGCUGCGCACAUGCAGGGUCAAGGUACGCCGCCGGUAGCUGUGCGCCCCAGCCCCAGCCUCCCAGCCAGCCAAGCGAUGCCGCACGUCGCCGGACAGGGUGUCGGGACGCCGGCAGCCGGCCCGCCAAAUCUACACGCUUUGCAGCAGCAGCUGGCGAUCACGCUUGCGGCGUCGCACCUGAGCCAGGAGCAGAUCAAUGGACUUGCGGUCCAGCUGUACAAGCAGGCGCAGCAACAACAGCAGCAACAGCAGCAGCAGCAGCAGCAGCAGCAGCAGCCGGUACAGUCGGUACAAGCCCCCGAUACAAGCACGACGCAAUCGCCUGCUUUCCAUGCGCCGGGCUUGCCGCGCUAUGUCCCUAUGACGCAGAGCAAUGCCCCAGGGCAUGCUCCCCUUGGUCUCGCGUACGGAGUCCAGCCCGGCAUGUCGCCCAGACCGGCGAAUAGCAAUGCACAGUCGCCGACGCAGUAG